AUGUUGCCCCCCGAGAACUGUAGCACCACCAAAAGCUACAAUCAAAAAGUUGGUAAUUUUCUGCUUGCAAGUUUGUUUCAAUGGGCAAAUUUGCAAAUGUCAUUGAUAAAUGCCCUUGAUGAUCUUGAUGUAUCUUCUGAGAACAAUGCAUUACCCCAGAGCAAUGUUUUAACCGAA